AGGUAAGGCUAGAUCACACCAAGUAUGAGUAGUGAAUAAUGGCCUGCAGUCUUCAUCAACUCCUCGCCAUUUGCUUCCUCGUAGCGCCCAUCGGCUACGUCAUGGCCGAGACGCCCGCGAUGCCCGGGGCGCCCGCGAUGCCUGGGGCUCCCUCCGACGUGCCCUCGGACCGGUGUGAAGUGCGGCAAGCGGCCUGGUUUGCCGUAGCCGCGUACAAUGCGGCGGCGUCCCAGGAGAAUUAUGCCUACAAACUCACGGCUAUAGUAUCCUCUCAAACUCAGGUUGUGGCAGGUCUGAACUACAUCUUGACCACAGAACUGGGCCUGACUUGGUGCAUGAAAGCGCAGGCGAUGGACCCGGAAACCUGUCCUUUGCAAGUAAACGGGAAGAGGCUGCUGUGUCGCUUCGUCGUGUACACGAUUCCCUGGGAGGGCAAAGCUCUGCUGACGGAGAAGACAUGCAUCGACGUUCCCCCUAGUCCACGCUGCUUUCGCCGUUCCCUCAAAGAAGGGACACGCUGAUUUGCGCCCAUUUUGGCUCUGCUCCCGUGUCUUUCGUAUAAACCCGGACAACUUUCCUAUGACUGUUACAUUUGCUGAAAUAAAUGAUGUCUGGAGUAAUGGAA